AGUGACACUUCACAUGAAUCAUCUCUGUCACGGUCCCCAAGCCCAUCCCCAACUGUUCCUCUCCUCUCCUCGGACUCUGAAGGCAAUGAUGAUGCUCCACAGUCUGAAUUGCUUGAUGACGAGACUCAAAUCAUUGGUAUCAAUGGUCACCGAUGGAAAAUGAACAAUCUAGAGUUCAUGGUGGCGUGGGCGGAUGGCGAUGUCACUUGGGAACCACUGUCAAAUGUGAACGACUGCCAAGGGCUGGAUGAAUAUCUUGAUUUUCGUGCAGCACUCGACCCAUUGCAGCUGUCCAAGCGGAGAUAUGUGAUUAAUAAAGAGCUCAGGGCCCUCAAUGAGUAG